AGUCAGGGGUCGGGUUGCUCAGCUGUCCAGUGCUGUGUUCACAGUGAGCGAUGGAAGCGCGCCCCCGACACUUCAGGUGAAUGAGAGGGAAGCAGAGGAGCGGGACACUGCUCUCGGCGCGUCGCUCUGAAACGGAACAAUUAGGAAAAUGACUUGUAUUACGUCGCUUGGGGCGCAUGCUUUGAUGACAGCCUGUCUCUUUUUCGUGGUGGGAUGCGUUGCACAGAAAGUUUACUUUGACUGUGGAGCUAAAGUGGAAGUGAUGGAUGUUCAAGGCCUCAUUCUGUCCCCUGGUUUUCCCUAUAACUACUCCUCUGGGACACAUUGUGUUUGGGAGUUCAUUGUGCCCAUUGAUUACCAGCUGGUUCUGGAGAUAUUUGACUUUGAUGUGUUUGAAAGUCAUGACUCUACAGCUAAAUAUUCUGCCGUCUCUAAGUUUGAAGAGGCAGAGGAGGAAGUAGCCUUUAUUCCUGCCGGGGCCACAGCAGACGAAACCUUGUCUGUUGUAGAAGAACCCGUGGAUCUUCAGGCGGAAGGGGACGUCUCAAAGAAUCAACAAUCUUCCCAAGACGGGGAUACCAAGCAAGUUGUCCUCCAAGAACGGUCCACAAAAAUGGAGAUUGCCAAAGUCUUGAAUUCUGCCAAAAGAUCUGCAGAUUCUCCCUUGAGCCAAUCCUCACAACCACCCCAUUCUUUCCUCAUCCUACACAGCGACACCCCUGCAGAGGACAUGGCUGUCAACUCUGCCAAUCCCAGCUCCAACUCGAGCACAGCUGUGGGGGAGACCACCCUUCCUUCACCGCACUUUACCGAAACCCCAUCUGUGAGCCCUCAGACCCAACAGUCCGUGAUGGACGUCUGUCCCCACGACGUCCUCUACAUCUCAGACCUCAUUACGUUUUCAUCCAGGUUUUGCGGGGCCAACCGACCCCCUGGCAGCCAGCUGGUUUUUGGCUCAAACCAGGAAAUGGUGGAGGUCAUCAUGGAGCUCAUAACCACUACCCACUGGGGGCGGGGUUUCGCUCUUCUCUUCCACUACCAUAACUUGACGGAGUCGGAGACCAACCAACGAACCACGUAUUCGUCUGGCAGCAACGCAGACUCUGUACUGGCAGCUGUAAGCGGAGCUGCCUUCUUCACCAUGAUACUCACAGGUGUCCUCUGCAUCAUCUUCAGACCCAAACUGUGUCCAAAACGAGCCAGUUCCUGCACAUCCAGCAACUCUGAGGUGCCUGAAGGAGUUCAGAACACAGCAGCAGAGGUCAGCGAGCUCCAGCUGAUGGCUGAGAAUCAGGCCGACCUGGAGACGGCUGCAGAAGCGGACCCAAACGACGACAGUCCCCCACAUACAGCAAUUGUUGCAGAUGGAGAAGUUGCUGGUAACACAGAGGUGGACCUUUCCUGCUGCGGUCUGACUGAACUCGACCUCGGCGCGGACGAGGUCUUCAUCGUGUCGUCAAACACCACCCCAAGUGGACUGCCCUUCUCCCCACUCACACAACCAGAGCGUUUCCUGCGACACAGUGACACCGGCCCCAGCCCUUCAGGGGACUGGCCCUCAGCAGACCCGAACAGCUCCCCCAUCGGUGGCAGAUCGUUCAAGGAGGGCAGCGGUAGCUGCUCCAGACCGAGAGCGUGGAGUGUGCGCACCUUCCAGGACUUCCUCCCCCCUCUGCCGCAGCUGCACAAGAAGUGGUGCAGCUGGAACUCCACCAGUCCCUUCACCAAGCUGGUGGACAGCGCUCCGCCCAGUUUGAGAUCUGAUUGCAGAGGUGCCGACAGCCGGAAGGUUUUCUCUGACGUCCACCUGGAAGCCAACGGCGAUUCUAGCAACAUCUCCGAUUCAUCCAUCAGCAACGCCUCCUACCCGCUCGCGCAGCCGGCGCAGAGGCAGCGGCGUCUCAACUCCACCAGCAACCUGCUCCGCUCCAGAUUCACGGGGCCUUGUUUUGGCCUGCUCACCGAAAACAAAAGACCCGCUGAGGGGGUUCCUCCGGCCUCCCCGUCUGAACCUGCCCAGGGCUUCUCCUCCUCCUCCUCCACCCAAUGUCAGGCUGAAAGUGGCCUCGCUGGAAAGAGGCGCGAUUUCCCAAGCGAGGCCGAUCACAUCAGCGUGCCCGUCUUUGCCAUCUCUGAAGAGGAGGACCGGCAGCCUCUGGUCUCAGCCGAGCUCCUGGACCAGACGCCGGGCCCCGCGACACAGAACGGACUGAUACCGGGGACAUUUGAGAAAGCUCCAGUGGGGGGCCUGAGCCCCAAAAGGGCCCGAGCAGAGUGGAGGCCGUGGGGGAGUCAGGUGUCGGGAGGGAUGUGUCCUUUCCCUUCCAGCGGAUUUACAGAAUCCAACGACAGCAAGCCGUUCGUCAGUCUGUCCACGGGGCUGCUCACUGUCACCAACCAGAUGUGACGACCACUCCCCCCCCGGACUGUGCUAGUGCCACUGUGAAAAAUAACCUCCUGUCAUUCCAGUUAUCACAUCCUCCAUAGCUUCCUGAUGGCAAAUUCUAUAAAUGUUCAUCAAAACAUGCUGCUUUCAAUACCAAGGCACUGACUGCUGUUGUACUUUCUUAAAAAAAUCACCUUUUUAACCCCACGUAUGAAAUAGUUUUUUGAUAACAAGUUAAUAAAAAUAUUUUAUCAGUUACCCAAAAGUAUUAUGCCUAGCAUAGAGCCUCAGCUGAGUGUGUUCAUGGAUUAUCAAAGGGAAAUCUACGUAAGAGUAUAAAAAGUACUAAUAUACACUAUUAUUGUAGUAAAAACAGAAAUAGUGACAUUUAAAGUCUUUGUAAAUGUUUGUGAAGCUUUAAUAAAAAGUUAUUCACAAUUUGUGUCUCUUUGAUGAAACAUAUUGCAGAAUUUGAAUAUUUA